AUGCACAAGAACCAUUGUACAAUAUUCAAAACAAUCAACAACGUCGAGGACGAGAAGUAUCAAGCAUCUAGAACAUGGGAAGAAUAUCUUGAUGAUGCCCAAGCUUACUGUGUCUCCUGUCGCCGCAGCGCAGUACAACUUGCAAGCCGCAAGCUCACCCUGAAUCACUGCAACGAUUGCCGCCUGGUCUUCUCGUGUCCUGACUGCUCGCCUGCGCCAGAGCAUUCGCCCUCGAUAUGUGCUGCCUACCAGAACUUCCGUCGCAGUGAAAAUUUCCGCAUCAACUUCUUUGAAGAUACCGGAAAAGCAACUCCGAUCACAUGCACGCAAUUCCCAUGUGAGACCCGCAAGUCUCUCGCAGAUGCUGCCGGAUGGUUCGAUUACUACACGAAGAUAUCCGACAAGCAGCAAAUUGAAGGGAAAUUCAAGCCUGAUUUCAGCAGCAUCGAGGAUGAUAUCGACAGAAACGGCUCAGAUAAUGAGAAAGACGAAGCCGAGAGAAUGCUCAUGUUUCUUUUGUAUGCGACGGACAGCCUCACCAUGCCAUUGACCAUUGCAUCAGCCCUUGAGGACCUCCAUUGGGAUAAUCCGCAUCUCAACGUUCACAUGCUGGGUGCCACAGAUCGCGAGCUUACGGCGUUAGCGAAUUUCGAAGAGAUGCUGCACCUGGUACCCGGUCUACAGAGUCUUCACAUCACAGCUGUUGGCCCCGGUAUACCAGGCCCAACCGAUGGUACUGUUCUUGCGAAGCAGAACCUCGACUGCUGUCCUCCUUGCAAGGCAGACGGGCGGCAGCGGUCCAUCUCGCUCCACAAGGGCGUUUACCACGAGUUUUCUCAGGGCCCUACGUUUGAAAGACCCGAUCUUGUUGUACUCUUCAACAGUGGAUGGGUUGACGGCGAUGACGCGAAGUCACACUGGGAGCCGACCAUCCAGGCUCUGGUUGAAAACAAUGUGCCAGCGUUGUUCACGACGUACAAUGCUGGAGAGGCACAGAAUGAACAGAAGAGGUUGAAAGAGCUGAGAGCAAGAUUUGUGACUGAAGUCGGUCAGAAUAAGUGGAGAGGCUUAGUACCCACACCUGAGUUCAUCGACGAAGAGCAUGGCAUGUGGUUCAAUAACGCGUACAGAUAUAUCAUCCAGGGGAAAGAGUAG